AUGAAGUCAUAUAUUAUUGCAAUAAUGCAUUUUUCCUUGUUGAUUUUAGCAAUGGCGUUCAUACCCAGCGCCCUAGCCACCAACAUCACCACUGAUCAGUCCUCGCUUCUUUCUUUGAAAUCCUACACCAGCUUAAGUCACAACCAUACAUUGGCAAACAACUGGUCAACCAGUGCUUCUGUUUGCAACUGGAUUGGAGUUGUUUGCGGAUCCAAACACCAAAGAGUGGUCGCAUUAGACAUAUCAAAUAUGGGUAUUGUGGGUACCCUUCCACCACAAUUAGGCAACCUCUCAUUUCUUGUUUCUCUUAACAUAAGUCACAACAGUUUCUAUGGAAAAUUGCCUAGAGAGUUAGCCAGCCUACGCCGACUACAAUACAUAGAUUUUGGUUAUAAUAAUUUUAGUGCAAUAAUUCCAGAGGAGAUUGGCAAUCUUGAGAAUGCAAAAUGGCUGAUAUUGGAAGUUAACCAACUCGUUGGUCCUAUCCCCUUCACCAUCUUCAACAUUUCCACAUUACAAAAUUUGGUGCUCAACAAUAAUAGCUUAUCUGACUCUCUUCCAAUGAAGUUAUGUGAACAUGCUAAAAGACUCGAAGUGCUACACUUGCAUUUCAACAAGUUGAAUGGUAAUAUUCCAAGGAAUUUAUCAAGUUGCUUGAAACUUGAAGUUUUGCGGUUGAGUUACAACAAUUUUGUCGGGACAAUUCCAAGAGAGUUUGGGAGCUUAAAUAUGCUUCAGAUUUUAAAACUUGGCAGUAACAAGUUAGAAGGGGAAAUACCAAGAGAGAUUGGGAGUUUGAAUAUGCUUCAGAUUUUAAAUCUUGGUAGUAACAACUUAGAAGGUGAAAUACCAAGAGAGAUUGGGAGUUUGAAUAUGCUUCAGAAUUUAAGUCUCGAAAAUAACAAUAUGGAAGGUGAAAUACCAAGAGAGAUUGGAAGCUUGAAUAUGCUUCAGGUUUUAACACUCGAUCGUAACAACUUGAAAGGUGAAAUACCAAGAGAGAUUAGGAGCUUGAAUAUGCUUCGGAUUUUAAUACUCAAUGGUAACAACUUGGAAGGUGAAAUACCGAGAGAGUUGGACAACCUUCAUAAGCUAAAGUUCCUUGAGUUGGAUAAUAAUGGAUUAAGUGGUUCUAUUCCGAGGGAAAUCUUCAAUAUGUCAACACUUGAAGUACUAGCAUUGGGAUUUAAUAAAUUUUCAGGUACUCUUCCAACAUCUUUAGGUUAUUGGCUUCCCAAUUUAAAAGAAUUGUACCUGGACGUAAACUAUCUUAGCGGAGUUAUACCUCCCCAAAUCUCAAAUGCUUCCAACCUUGUUGUUCUUGAACUUAGCACGAACCAAUUCACAGGCUUCAUUCCGAAUUCCCUUGGAAACUUACCACAACUCCAAAUUCUAAAUCUGCUUGAAAACAAUCUAACAAUUGAUCCUCAAUUUAGCCUUAUGACUUCAUUGGCAAAUUGUAGAUACAUCCACGCAAUAGACUUAUCAGCUAACCCUUUAAAUGUCAUGCUCCCAAAUGCAAUUGGCAACCUCUCCCACACUCUCCAAUUUUUCCCUCUUGAAGAUUGUAACAUCAGGGGACGAAUUCCACAGGAGAUUGGCAAUCUAAGUAGCUUAUACGAGUUGGUUUUAAGCUUCAAUGAAAUUAUUGGAUUUUUGCCUACCACCAUUCAGGCUCUACAGAGUCUUCAGCUGUUCAGCAUAUCAAACAACAGAUUAAUAGGAUCAUUUCCAGAUGUGAUAUGUGAAUUACAGAAUUUGUUUUCGAUAAAUUUAGGCAGAAAUAAAUUUUCAGGUCCGAUCUCGGAUUGUUUAGGGAACAUUUCUUCCCUGGAAAAGAUCUUUCUCUAUGAAAACAAAUUCACAGUCUUCCCUCCUACCCUAUGGAGCAUUAAAAAUCUUUUGAUUCUCAACUUGAGUUCAAAUAACUUGAGCGGUUCUCUACUUCAAGAAAUCGGGAAUGCAAAGACUGCAAUAGUUAUUGAUUUCUCAAAUAACAAACUAUCUGGAGAAAUUCCAAGUAGUAUUGGAGACUUGACAAGAUUAAUCAAUUUUUCUGUGGCCCAUAACAAAAUCCAGGGUUCUAUUCCUGACACAUUUGCCAAACUCUUAGAUCUAUAUUCAUUGGAUCUUUCUGAUAACAAAAUAUCCGGAAUGAUUCCCAAGUCAUUAGGGGGACUUGUGAGCAUGAAGCAUUUCAAUGUUUCAUACAACAGAUUAACCGGAGAAAUUCCGAGUGGAGGUCCUUUUGCCAACUUCACUUAUGAAUCAUUCUUGUCAAAUGUUGGUCUAUGUGGUACUCCUCGGAUGCAUGUUCCACCUUGCCCUGCCAAUUCUCUACGUACAUCGAAGAAGAACAGAGUGGUUAUGUUUGUACUCAUCUCGUUGGCAGUUCUUAUAGUGCUAGUUGUCUCUGUUACUGUAUACUUGAUUUUCAAGAGGCGCAAGAAGUUGCUUCCUAGGGAACCUGACUUCUUGUCGGCAGUAAUACCAGCAAGAUUUUCAUACUAUGAACUCCAACGGGCAACAAAUGGAUUUGAUGACAGCAAUUUGCUAGGUAGCGGAAGUUUUGGUUCUGUUUAUAAAGGGACUCUAACAAAUGGGAUGCAUGUGGCUACCAAGGUUUUUCGCUUGCUACGCGAAGGUGAAAAUAAGAGUUUUGAUACUGAAUGUGAAGUUUUGCGCAACAUUCGUCACAGAAAUCUCACAAAGGUUCUUGGCAGUUGCUCCAACUUGGAUUUUAAAGCAUUGGUGCUCGAGUACAUGCCUAAUGGGAGUCUACAUAAGUGGUUAUAUUCUCACAAUUAUUUUUUGAAUAUAAUACAAAGAUUGAGUAUAAUGAUUGAUGUGGCAUCAGCUUUGGAAUAUCUCCACUUUGGUUAUUCUGGGCCCGUUAUUCAUUGUGACUUGAAGCCCAACAAUGUUCUAAUAGAUGCAGACAUGGUGGGACAUUUGAGUGACUUUGGUGCUGCAAAGCUCUUAGGAGAUGAGAACUCCAUGGCCUUUACAAAUUCCCUCGCAACAAUUGGUUACAUUGCCCCAGAGUAUGGACGAGAGGGUCUUGUGUCUACUCGCAGCGAUAUGUAUAGUUAUGGUAUCAUGUUGCUUGAAGUUUUUACAAGAACACAACCUGGAGAUGAAAUGUUCAAUGAAGAUUUGAGUCUAAGGAGUUGGGUGCAGGAUGCACUUCCUACGGAAAUAGGCCAUGUUAUUGAUCCCAACUUACUUGGACUAGAUGAGGAAAAGAAUGAUGAAAAAUUGCAGUGUGUUAUAGCUAUCUUUGAACUGGGGAUGAAAUGUUCAACAGACUCCCCGAGAGAAAGGAUGGUCAUCAAAGAUGCCUUACCGGCACUGGAAAAGAUCAAAGUCAAACUCCUUUCGCUAUAUGCAAGAACUUAAAGUAGUAUAUGAAAUUUUAUUGUACUUUUUUUAUGAUCUACAUGUAAAUAUUGUACUCCGUAAUACUUAUAUAUGAAAUUUUAUUUAUGAAAGA